GGCAUCAUUAUUCUCUCUCUUCUUCUUCUUCAUAUUCUCUCUCUAAAUGAAAACCUCAACAUUUCUAUUCUCUAGAGAACCUGAAAAGACACCAAAAAUUAGACCUCACUCUUACUUUCAUCAGAUCUUGCAAAAUCAUCACCAUUUUCAUCUCAUCAAUCGCCGGAGUAAUCUCGCCUCGCCGGAGUAAUCUCGCCGUCAAGUUCUUCGCUUCCGAUUCAUCUUUACAUCUCUAGUUUUAACCAUGAGUAAACAAGUUUGCUGAAAAGGAGAAUAAAGAAAGUAUUUGAAGUGGUGAAAUGUCUUUUGAAGAUAAGAGCUUUUGGAUGCCAAAAACUGGUGGGUGUUUACAAGAUGGAGAAAUUCCAUUUGACGAUUCAUCUGUAAUGGUGGAGGCAAAACGUCCCCAUCACUGGUUCAUGGAUGGCAAUGAGGCGGAUCUAUUUCCCAGCAAAAAACAAGCAGUUGAAGCUCCAAACCUUCAUACCUUCUCUGGACUUCUGAAUUCGAAUAUUUCUCCUUGGGGAAAUGGUACUAAUUUCCAAUCAAUUGGAAGCGAACUAACAGAGCGUAUAUUUGAUUCAGAAUCUUCGAGAACAAUUGGUUAUAAUGAGAGAAACUUUGCAAAUAUGGAUGCUGCUAACAAUAUCAAUACUGGACGAAAGGGAAUUGAGGAUACUUUUGGAAAUGACUCCUCCUUUGGGUUAUCUAUUUCUCAUCCAUUUGAAGAUCAUAGAUCAGAGCUUAACUAUGGUGGGAUUAGGAAAGUUAAAGUCAACCAAGUCAAAGAUUCUGAGAAUUUCAUAUCUCCGUCAUCAAGGAAUGUCUAUUCUCGAGGAGACGAUAAUUGCAUGCCCAUGGGUCUUUCGUUUGGAAUAGGUAAUGAAAAUGUUAUAUCCAUGGGUGACAGUUAUAAUAGGGUAGAUGGUAAUUUCAUAUCCAUGGGGCAGCCUUAUAACAAUGAAGACGACAGCACUUCCACAAUUGGUCAUGUUUAUCAGGAGAAUUGUGAUUUGACAAUCAACGAAUCCUUUGUCAAGACAGAUAAUGUUAUUCCGAGUAUUAAUGGGGCCUACGAUAAGGAUUGUGAACAUAAUGCUGUUGUAUCUAUUAGCCAGUCAUAUCCGAGACUAGAUGAUGGAUCGUUAAGUCAGAAUUUCAGUAAGGGCAGUGGAAACGCCUUAUUGAUGAAUAAUUGCACAUCAACCGAGCUUGCAUUCAACAAUUUUGACAGGAGGGUUUCGUCCAUGGGUCAGUCGUUUGGUAAAGGCAGUAGUAAUAUCAUAUCAUUUGGAGGCUUUCAGGAUGACGAGGAAUCAUCUGCAAGGAUUUUAUGCAGUUAUGGCUUGUUGACAGGCCAGACUUCUGUUCAAAGGUCUGAAACAUUAUCUGAUGAUGCAAUUGUUAGUGCUGCUAAUAUGAGUGCUUGCAUAAAUGAAGCCGGUUCUAGGAAGAAGGAUGAUAAGACGGGCAAAAAGGCUUCUCCUAACAGUUUUCCUUCAAAUGUUCGAAGUUUACUGUCUACUGGAAUGUUGGAUGGUGUUCCUGUGAAAUACAUGGCUUGGUCACGCGAGAAGGAACUCCGCGGGAUCAUACAAGGUUCCGGGUACCUUUGUAGCUGUCCAUCAUGCAAUUAUUCUAAGGCUAUCAAUGCGUAUGAGUUUGAACGUCACGCAUCAUGCAAAACAAAACAUCCAAACAAUCACAUUUACUUUGAGAAUGGGAAGACCAUUUAUGGUAUUGUUCAAGAGCUCAGAAAUACCCCACAGAAUUUGUUAUUUGAAGUUAUCCAGACCAUAACUGGAUCGCCAAUUAACCAAAAAUCUUUCCGGCUUUGGAAAGAGUCAUUCUUAGCUGCCACUCGCGAGCUUCAGCGCAUAUAUGGGAAGGAUGAAAGUAAACAAUUGUUGCCGGGCACUCUUAUAUAAAAAAAGCUGUGAAUCUGGGAUUCGAUGUGUGGGGUUUACUAGUAGAGAAAGAGUUGUUUUCUGGGGCGACCAUUUCAAGGUCCAAUGUACAUUUGUUUUUGUGAUUCACAGUUGUAUACUAGUGCACAUUGUUGUGAGAGGGUGACACAAAUGUUGAUUACCUGAAGAAUUAUGCAUAGGAAUGUAUUUUCGUGUUCAUGUUU